AUGGAACUUAAUAUUACCGAUAUUAUGGCUGAAAUUCAUCAAAAUUUACCUAAUGAUUGGGAUUUACUAUUCAUUGGUCAUUGUUAUUCAGGGAAUACUGAGUACGUAGCCAAUUUGACUGCUCAUGAAUUACAUAAACGUGGUUAUGUACAGUGUACACAUACUUAUGCUGUUUCGGCUAAAGGUGCUAAGAAGUUAUUAGAAAAAAUUAAUAUUAAUGACCUACAAAAAGCUAUUGAUUUAGAGUUACGUGACCUUAUGGAGGCUGGAAAACUUAUUGUCUAUUCGAUUCAUCCUUCAAUUGUUGUACAGAUUAAAGGUGAUCACGACCUAUCAGACGCCGUUCCUGGUGCAAUAGAUAUUACCUAUCCUUUAAUGAAUUCUACCAUAAAAUUACUUAAUGAUCUUGAUUACGACUUAGACUGA